GUGUUGAUAUUAGUAUGAAUACACACCUAAAAACGGUGAAGCUUACACUGAAAGGAAAAAAUCCAGUUACACUUGAUCACCUCAGUGUGAGAGGUAACAAUAUUCGGUAUUAUAUCCUACCUGACAGCUUAAAUCUGGAGACUUUACUGGUUGAGGAGACGCCUAGGGUUAAGCCUAAAAAGCCGACUGCAGGGAGACCGCUGGGGCGUGGUCGUGGCCGCGGACGUGGCCGUGGUCGUGGCCGGGGCCGUUAGAAGUGUUGCCUGCUUUUCACUUUUUGCAGCAUGUAUUCUGUACUAGCUUUGAGAUCUAUUUUAAGCUUUUUGGUUCAAGAAUUGGCUGAUCAAAGGAUUAUGUUCACAGCUUUUUAAUUGCUUUCUUUCCUGGAGAGUUAGUGUCUCUUGUGAAUUUAUAGCUUAUGUCGGUAGAUGAGCUUACUUUUAGCAUGCUGUAUGUGUGGACAAUUCAGGCAAAAGAUCUGCACACUUAUUUGAAGAUUGUGCCUAGUUUGAUGGAGACCA